AAUAUAUAGAUGUCUAUUAACAAUAGUACGAUCUUAUUAAUUUUUUUUUAAUAACUUGAGUGCAUUGUUGAUUAUUUCCUUAUCAAACAACCAUUGGUAAGUAAAUAAAAUAAUAAAUUAACCAACUUAAUAUAUAGUAGAAUGAUUCAAGUGAUAGUAAACGUCAAAAACCGGUUAAUAUUAAUUUGUAUUUAAGGAAUUCAAACUAGAUUUAACCAAACAAGUGUAGUCCGAAACAAAACAAUUAGAUAAUGCUUAUACUUUUCCAUUGUACGUGUUUAGUAGCUAAUAAGUUAUUCGAGAAAAUAAACAAACACUUUGAAUUAAAAAAAAGAGAACAAUUUAUAAAGGAAAUCAGAGAACGAAAAUUUAAAUUUUCUCCCGCGGCUUUUCGUCAAAGAUAUUUAGAAGUGUAUUACAUUCUCACCGACGAAAGGUGGAGAUGCAAGAUAUCAACGUUAUGCGAUUUCGGUUGUGGCGAAAUGGGUUUUUACCAUCAAAUGAGAUCGUUUCCAUUAACGAGUUUUUCUCUUAUCGAUAUCGACGAAGAAACCCUCAGAAAAUACGCUUCGCAUUUAGUACCGUGCCCUUAUGAGAAUAUCGAUAGAAUUAGACACGAUCCUUUUGUAGUUAGCGUGUACGUAGGAAGUGUCGCCGAUCCCAGCUAUCGUUUUAAAUCAGUACACGUCAUAACGGCGAUUGAAUUAGUAGAACAUCUCUAUCCUGAUUGUUUGGAAGCUUUUCCUUACACCAUAUUCGGAUUUUACACACCGUUGAUAGUGAUAGUAACGACGCCCAACGCGGAUUUUAACGUUUUAUUUUUUGAUCACCCGGAAAUACUUCGGCACUACGACCACAAGUUUGAGUGGACCAGGGAGCAGUUCGAGGAUUGGUCGAAUAAUAUAGUAACUCGAUUUCCUGAUUACACUGUAUUUUUUUCGGGGGCGGGAAAUGGUCCGAGUGGAACUGAAUUUUUAGGUAAAUGUACCCAAAUUGGUAUUUUUGUGAGAAGGGAUGUUCUAGAAGGAGAUUAUACUAUUGAAGGCAAUAGAAAUCGUUGCGAUUCUUCUCAUAUACACGGUAGUACCUGUAAAUGUACAUGUACAGCUUGUAAUAUAUACUCCUUUGGAAUUUGCACAUAUUACAGUAAAUCUACAAUACCUCCAAUAUAUAAUAAUAAUUACAAGGAACAUUUUAAACAAAUAUUCGAAAAACCGUUUCCGUAUACCCAAGAUUUUCGACCUCUGGAAGAAAAAAUGUUCGUCGAAUUCCGUCAAAAACUCUUAUCUAUAAGCAAAUUACAUUACAACGAACGUCGAAAUAAAUAUAUAGUCCCCGUAUAUAACAUUAAAAGCGGAUAUUACGGAGAUAGCGUGAGAGAAGAAGAUAUCGUACGAAUUUUGAAAAAAUACGGUUAUGAGAUAGAAGAAUCCAUCGAAUAUACGGAGUAUUACGUCGUUUUGGAUCCCAUGGAGGAAUCGGAGGAUAGUUCUUCGGAUGUAUGGGAGGAAGAGGAGCAGCAGAAGUUUCCUUUUUGGUACGAACAUCACGGUUCGGGAUUUAUCGAUGUUAAUAGAGUCGAAUCCGAAGCGGAAAAGGAAGAAUCGGACCAAAUUAAACCGGAAACUCAAUCGAAAGUACCAAAUAUGGCGGAAGAAUCGAAAAUGAAUCAACAAGCGGAUUUCCAAGAAGAAAUCGACGUCUUCGAGGAAAGCUCGAGUACGCCAAGUCUAUCGAGUCAAGAUAAUAAAUUGCAUUUAAAGAAAGGCCAAACUUUCGAAAGGAGAUCUUUAAUUUACCCGCCAGUGGAAAUAAACAAGACCAAACUCGAUAUUAACAGAAUAAACGAAUUGGACAGGUCGUUUUUCGAGUUGUUGUGCAGGUUUCGAAACAUAACGUCGGGUAGAAACUUUUUGAAACGUUUAUUGAAACCGCAGACGGAAAAAUUGAGGAAAACUUUUUUGAGAGAUAUCGACGUUGCGGCGGCGGCGGCGGCGGCCGGUCCGUCGGCGGUGCCGGCGAAGAAAAGAAAAAAAUCAUCGGCGAUUAUUUUGAAGGACAGUUUCAGUACUUUGGACGAUAUGAAAUCGGUGACGAAUUGCAUCAUAGAAAACACAUUGAAUUUGAUAAACGUCGACGACGUUAUCGGUUGCACGAACGCGGACAUUUCGCCUGACGAUGUAUCCGAAGGUUUUCGAAACUUUCACGAAUAUAUGGAUUUCGAUAACGGAUCGGUUGUCGACGUCAGACGUAAGGAAGGUCGCAAGAAUGACAUUACCUUCGAUAAUAAUAAUAUUUAUAAUUAUAAUAUGCGCAUAACUCCGUCCUCGUAUCCAGUACAAGAUCCUACCAAUCCGGAUUCGACGAAUAUUCCCGCAGGAAAUCGCAAUAAUGCUCCGGAUACGGUACAGGAUAACGAAAAUAAUCCCGAAAAUCAGAAUACUGAAGCCGCCGAAUCUUUAUCGAAUUCGAUAGCACAAGCAAGCAGCGAAGCUAUCGUCGAUCCAAAUUCCGUACUAGAUCUACUAGACGAUUUCGGACAAAGGGAAGACAUAAACGGCUUAGUCGGUUUAGGAAAUUUCGUCCUUGUAGGAAUCCAUCAAGUACCAGAUGAUUUUGAAAAUAACAACGGUUUCCCUGAUUGGUUGCUCAACAUCCUCGGAAAUCAAGUGGGGAUUGAGGAAGCUUUACCAAUUAACGAAUUGGACGAGGCGCAUUUUUAUUGUCAAGGUGACGGUUUAGGUGUACACCCAUCUAUACUUGCAGUAGAAGUGGACGGCGACGAAGAAGACGACGAGGAAUCGUCGGAUAGUACGAAUAACACCGAAGAUUUCGCCGAAGUGGAUCCGUUAAUUUCGUCACACGACGUUAGUUCGUUGCAGGAAGACGUUACCGAUACGCAGGUCGUAAACGAGGAUACAACUCAAUCUACGAAUAUCGUUACGACCAAUCAGCAACAAUCCAAUGACGUAGAAUCGACCUCGAAUUUAUCGGAUAGCGGAAUUUGAU